GAAAAUAAUACUCGCUAAAAGUAAAUCCCUUGUGUCUCGGAACUCAUUUGGUAUAUAAAAAAUGUUGACAUUGAGAGAAGGGCAAGGGCUGCGGAACACGGCUCCCUCCCUCCUGGCACUGUUUGCCUUGGCAGCACUAAGUGUGGCACUGCCCGGCCUACCAGAGCCAUGACCACCCUCGCCGUACCCACCUACAGUCAGACACUUGAGAGGCGGAGGUCAGUGAGUGUCAGUGAACCUGAUAUUGAUGUUAACCUUCGAGUCGUCUGUUAUGAUGAUACUGUGCGCAAGCUUGACAAUUACUAUGGCAUUGUCAAGAGGCAGCUGCUCCAAAACCAGAGCAUCAGUCUUGGCAUCUUCCCCAGCACCAGCCAGGACCAUCGCGUGGCUGACAUCCGCACAUCCAUCUAUUGCGCUGCAUCCAUAUGGAGCCUCUUCCAGGCCUACAGACGAAUUGAUGAUGACCGAGGGAAAGCUUAUGAGCUGGGUCAGUCCUGUGUCAAGUGUAUGCGUGGGAUCUUGACCUGCUGGAUGCGGCAAUGCAAGGAGGUGGAGUGCUUCAAGAAAGGGCAACAGCCUAAGUUUGCCCUCCAUGCCAAGUUCCAUCUGCUCACAGGAGAGGAAGUGAUCUCCAGUGAUGAGUAUGGCCACCUGCAGAUUGACAUUGUGUCCUUGUACCUGCUGUUCCUUGUGCAGAUGAUCACCUCAGGCCUGCAGAUCAUUUACACUAUGGACGAGGUCACCUUUGUGCAAAACCUUGUGUACUAUGUUGAGCGUGCCUACCGCACCCCAGACUUUGGCAUGUGGGAACGUGGUAGCAAGUACAACAAUGGUACCCCAGAGCUGCAUGCCAGUUCAAUUGGUAUGGCCAAGGCAGCCCUAGAGGCCAUCAACGGCUGUAACUUAUUUGGUGAGAAAGGUGCCUCAUGGUCAGUCAUCUUUGUAGACAUUGAUGCACACAACAGAAACCGCAGCAUCUUUGAGACCCUCCUGCCAAGGGAGUCCAGCUCUAAGAAUGUGGAUGCCAGUCUUCUGUGUGCCAUCUCCUUCCCAGCAUUUGCCACUCAUGACCAGAUGCUGUAUUCCAAGACACACUCACAGAUUGUUGGCUCCCUAGAGAGCAAACAUGGCUUCAAAAGGUUCCACCGGGAUGGCUAUGGCACAGUGUUGGAAGACAAGAAGAGGAGAUACUACCACAUUGCUGAAACCAAGGAAUUUGAGAAAAUAGAAUGUGAAUGGCCUCUGUUCUUCCUGUUCAUGAUCAUCGAAGGAAUGUUUAAGGGGAAUGAAGAGCAAGUGGAACAGUAUAAGAACAAACUGAAACCGCUGGUCAAGAGGGACAAGUGGGGAGACCCAGUGAUCCCCAAGUACUAUUUUAUUCACAAGGACCAGGUGAACAUGGAGCGUGCUAACCCAGGAUCUCAGUGUCGACAGCCCAGUUCUGAGGGCACCUCCAGGAACCUUUUCCUGUGGGGCCAGAGUGUGUGGAUAAUUGCCUCGCUGCUCAUGGAUAGCCUCCUUCAUAUCAACGAGCUUGAUAUUAUUCGUCGUCAUCUUCCAUCUUACAACCGUCCACGUAAAGGAGGACGUUACUCAGCCUUCCAGCGUCCAAGGUACAUCAAAGAGAGCAAGAACAACAAAGGCACAGCCAGUGACCUGGUGGUGCAGGUGGUUCUCAUCGCUGAGAGUAUGCGGUUACAAGCAAUGAUGGCCACCUAUGGCAUCCAGACACAGACUCCUCAUGAGGUUGAGCCUGUCCAGAUCUGGCCGCCACGGGAGCUGGUCAAGAUAUACCAAAACCUUGGGGUGAGCGAAAAAUUGGGGCUGCAGGGUCGCCCUACACGUCCCAUCGGAGCAUUGGGCACCAGCAAGAUAUAUCGUGUGUGUGGCCAGACUGUGCUGUGUUACCCACUAGUGUUUGAGGUGAGUGACUUUUACCUCUCUCAUGACAUGGCAUUGCUCAUUGAUGACAUCAAGUCUGAGCUGCACUUCGUUGGCAAGUACUGGCGCCUGUCUGGCCGUCCCACCGUCUGCAUCCUCAUACGAGAGGAACACAUGAGAGAUGUACAUUUCCGGGAGCUACUGGACUUGCUGGCCAUGCUGAAAACUGGUUAUUGUGAUGGCUUGAAGGUGCGCACAGGCCGUCUUCAGAAUCUCAUCUCCUCCUCCUGCAUAGAACACCUUGACUUCAUGAAUGCCCUGGAUAUUGACCUGGACAUCAAGCCAUUUGAGCAGCUGCAGCAUGCCAGCAUCGGCUACCAGUCCCUAACUGAUGUGCCUCGUGCCAUCACCUACUCUGAGGAUUCCAUGAGCUUCAAAGACAUGGAUCUACAACCAACACAUGAGGUGAUCAAUGUCCUGCGCUCAGUAUCCACUCUGCACGGACAGACACAGUUGUUGGGGAUCCUUCUGCGCCGUGAGGGACCAAAUUUCCAGGUAGAUGGGCAUCCAGUGGGAGAUCGGGUCUGUGCCCUCCUCCGCCAGGCCUCCUCCCUUCGCUACUGGCGCACGGUGCGAGAAUGCACUGCGUUACUCUCCAAGGAGGUGGAAUCUAUCUCGCCUUACAUCACAACUGUCUUGGUAUCUGGAAAGCAGCUGACAGUGGGCUAUGGCAAGGAGGAGGUGCUACUGGAUAAGCCAGUGCAGCCGGGUGGAAUCCAUGACCUCUUCUACAACACUUCCCUUCAGACUCACAAUGUGGUGCAGGCAGUACUACAGCAGGAGGUUGUACUCUACUGUGGAAAGCUCAUUGCCACACACACUCACCUCUUCAAUGGCAUUCUUAACAUCAGAAUUGG